AUGGUUCGCAUUUCCGUUCUCAACGACGCUCUUAACAGCAUUGUCAACGCCGAGCGCAAGGGUAAGCGCCAGGUGCUUGUGCGCCCUUCGUCCAAGGUCGUCAUCAAGUUCCUCUCGGUCAUGCAGAAGCACGGUAAGUUUCUUCUUUCGGACACAGCACAGCAAAGCAUUGCACAGCAUCGCACGAUUCGCAUUCGUCACAACCCACAGUCAGCAGAAUUGGAAGUUUCGUCAAGUCGAAGAGAAGAGGAAAAGCAUGGCAUCGACAAGGACUGGCUGGGAGCAGGAUAA